GAACUGUGUGUCUUUCCGGUUUAGGAAAAAUCGAGAGGCGUUCAUUUGACUGUCACUUGGAAUAUCUUGUUUAUCACCAUGUUUGCUAUGAUUCAAAAGAUAUUGGACUGGUUCAAAAGUCUCUUCUGGAAAGAGGAGAUGGAACUUACACUUGUAGGCUUACAGUAUUCUGGUAAAACUACAUUUGUAAACGUAAUAGCGUCAGGCCAGUUCAGUGAAGACAUGAUUCCCACAGUUGGUUUUAACAUGAGGAAGAUUACCAAAGGGAACGUCACAAUCAAGUUGUGGGAUAUUGGUGGCCAGCCCAGAUUCCGAAGUAUGUGGGAGAGAUACUGCAGAGGUGUCAAUGCCAUUGUGUACAUGGUGGAUGCUGCGGAUCAUGACAAGCUGGAGGCUUCCCGGAACGAGCUGCACAACCUGCUAGACAAACCCCAACUGCAGGGCAUCCCAGUACUGGUGUUGGGCAACAAGCGGGAUCUUGCAGGGGCAUUAGAUGAGAAGGAACUCAUUGAGAGGAUGAAUCUGUCGGCAAUCCAAGAUAGAGAAAUCUGUUGUUACUCAAUAUCUUGCAAAGAAAAGGAAAAUAUAGACAUAACAUUGCAGUGGCUAAUCCAGCAUUCCAAGUCUGGUCAUUAAAGAUGGACACCCACAGACCAGACUAUGUAUGAGUGACUGCAGUCAAGGUUUGAUAGUGAACGAUUGGAUUUGUAUGAGAAGUGACUAAGUAUUCCGAGGACAGUCUACCGCUGUCACAUGACGCACGGUCACUGCCGAGUUGCUGACAACACCAGCGACUGCUUCCUCGACAGCUGGCCACAUCAUCGACGUCGGCAGUGACAGCUCUACUUCUCCUUGUCUGUCCAGUGUUUUUUUGAGAUGACUGUUGUUUCAUGAGCUCAUGAGCCUCACUGCAGUGUAAAGCUGAACAAAGAAAUAUAGCUCAUAUGUGUUGCUGCUUUGGUUCAGUAUCAAGCACUUUCAACCUGUAUAUAGUCCUAUCAACCCAGUUCGGGAACAGAUACAGAUUUAGGCUGAAACACUACACUGUUCAUGAUACAGUAUAUAUCAUGAUCAUAACACAGUUAGCACAGUAUCAUGUCAUGAAUCCAUUCCUAAUUUGAAAGAAGGGAAAUGUGUUGAUAAAUACCUAAUUUUGAUGUCAAAUGUUCAAGUUAUCUGUAGGCCAAUAUGUAAUUAGAAAUGUUGGCCAUUGCCUGUUUGUGCAUCAUAUAUGCAAAUAUUUUGAAUGAAUUUGGAAAUUAUAUGUAUGGAUGCAGAUUGAACCUGUCAUCAAGGUUUGAAACAGAAAAAUGAACAAGUAGACCCGUGAAUUGUUUCAGCCUUAAUGCAGAUUAUAAAGUUAUGUUAUUUACAAAUUAAACUGAACGACCAAAUAAUGUCCUUAUUUCAAGAAAAAGGUAGCCUUGGUAAUGUGUUGUAUGUUUGACAUCGGAGGACUGCGUUGUGGUGUGGAAAUGUCAGAAUAUGUCUGGGUUCGGUUUUUCUGUUUUGUAUUACGUCAUAGUAGGUGGACAAUUGCUAAACAAUAGAUCAUGUAACCUUCUGUUCUUUGUGCUUGAAUGGCUCCACAUGGGUUCACGAUGAUACUACUAGAAUGACAACUAGGGUAAGUCAUGUUAGGAAUAUACUUUAAUAGAUUCUAAGAUUACUCAAAAGCACACAGUAUUUUAACAUGAUUUUGUGCUGUAUGAUGAUGUUAAUCAAAUUAUUAAUAUACUGUCUUUGUUCAUGUUAGAAUUUAGUGCUUUCCAUAUCAAAGAUGUCAGUUAUUCCAUAUUUUCAAUUGAUUGUGAAUUGAGUGUUUUGGUUUAGAGAUUUUUGUACUUCUUACCUCAUUUCUACAGUAUGCAUGUUUAACAUUGUGAAGGGGUUUGUCAACUGCUGUCAAUUUCAGUGUGAUUUCUACCCUCACGCCUCCAGAUCUAGUGCUAGAGUAUAUGGGAUGGCCAAGACAAAAUACUAAAUCCAACUGGUCAACAACUUUCUGGGACUUGCAUGUGAUACUUCUACGUUUUGGGAGAGAAAAAAAGAAAGAUUUUCCAAAUUUUCAACGCAAGGGCUAUCGGUGUAAGUUAUCGAAAACCACUAGUCCUCACCAUGUUUCAUGUCCUCAAUUAGCAGACAAGUAGUUAUGUUGGACCAUUAUUGUAAUAAAUAUGCACACACAGCACUCUUGUCAAUAGCAGUGAUGAAUAUUACUAUAAGAUGCAAUAGUUAAGAAAUACUCAGUUGCGUUCAGCAUCGUGGCCACUGAGUUGUAAAAUAUUCCAGCCGAGCAGUUAUUCCUCAGUCUUAUAUCUCAUUGUAUACAACUCAAAAUAAGUUUAACACAUGCCAUGACACUCUAAUCAGGUGUUUCUUAACUUGUUUUGAGUUGUAUAUUAUGUGUGCUGCUGUUCUAUGUGAUGACUAUAUAUGGGUGUAGGAUUUGGUAUUGUAGGUAACACAUGGUAUUGAUGACAUUCUCUGUAGAUGGAUCUAGUAGUCUAUAUCAACUUGAUAGACAUGUGAUAUUUUGUGAAUUCUCAACUUCUGGUUCUUUGUAAACAAUAUUUAUUAGUUUUAGAGAAAUAUUGAAUAAAAUGUACGAAGUUACAUAUAGCAUACUCACAAGUAAUAAAUUGUGUAUACAUAAUAUAUUGUAUUUGCUGUACAACUUAUGUUUGAUACAUGUGAUAUGAUCCACAUGACUAUUUAUUUGUCAGUAAAGUGUAGAUACAUCAAAUAAUGUUAAUCUUAGCCUUGGAUAGAUACAUGGCAGAUUU